CCGCCACCUGUCCCAUUCAAGCAUGUCGAUUUUCUUGCAGAAAAAUAAGGGUGUGGUUUCUAAUAAAAGUGUAGAGCUGACCGCCCUCAAACAGUUUUGCAUUUGCAACCAUUUCCAACUGCCUCUCGCUUUUCACCCUUACCACAAUCUUUAUUUGCUUUUAUUUAAACAUUUAUUAUAUUUCUUUUCACAGCAAGGUUAUUUAAUUCGACUAUAUCAUUUUAUUUUUUGAAAUUUAUUCGCAUAUUGCAUUUUCAACCAACUGUAUGCGACGCUCAUAUUUCUAUCAUUCGCAUAUAUAAUAGCUUUAUUUAUUUAUUUCAUCUAUUUUGGUUUGCGCCCCAGACUUUCGAGGCCCACAAAUCAACACCGUCCAUUUUCUAUUUGUCAUUUCACAAGUUAGGGUUCUUUGAUAGCCCACAUAGCAUGGUUGAGCCUACACACAUUGGCCUAUUUACGAUUCCUGAAAGCCUCAGCCACAUAAUCAGCGGACACAGAAUAAAACCCGUCAAACCAAAAACCACAGAAGAUAACACGGCCAACAUGCAGAUCAUCGGAGGACACAAAAAGCUCUCCUCGUUCCUUCACCUGUCAUCAGGAACGCAAAAGUACGAAGGUCGCAUUGCCUUUUCGCCGUACACGGGGUCUCUGACGGACGAUGACACUGCUCGCGACUUCCGGGGUGCAGGGUCCCUGGACUUGGAAACACCAAUGUCAACGCUCCCGGCCGCAAUGAGCAUUGGUGCGAGCAUCACGUUAAACAUGCGGUAUGUGGCCAAGGACAUGUGGAGAAAGGUGACCUUUCCGCCCGGAAUCACUGUAACACAAGCGCGCGACCUUUGCAUGCUGCGCUUCAACAUCUGGCAGCAAAUUAUGAAUUGCAACGAAAACGUGGAUUUGGCCUUUGUGACCACAUCCGACGGCGGCCCCGAAACCCAGGACCGGCCCUCUAUUGACGAUCCUAACAACAUUUCAAGGCAGACACAAUCGCUGGGGUACAAGGCCGGCGCCACGGCGGGCCUUUAUGGAGUUGUUGGAUCUGGAAGCCAGGCGUCGCAGUCGCAUAACCAGUUUCGCGAGCAGUUUGGUCUAUUUUGGACUUCUGCAGGUCACUGGCUGGAGGCAGAUGAGAUGCUCAACAAAUACCCCCUGCGUAAGGGUGAGGUUCUGGAGCUCCAGCACAUUGUUGACUUUAUUCCGUUGCAGCCACACGAGUUCAGGUUCAGCUACGCCGAAACCGCUAUAUACUACCUGCACACGGAUGGCCCCAGCUCUAACUGGAAGAUGUACUGGGCGGUGCUGCGCUGUCGUGUCCUGCGGCUGUAUAGAAAGAAGGGCCAGCAGGAGGCGGACGUCGAGAUUGACCUUACGCAGCCGUACCGCCUAACUGACCAGGAUGGUCGCAGUUGGCCGCGCAGCUCAUCGAAGGGUAACGAUUUGCUCAAUAUCCAGUCACUGCAAGAGUGCCUGCCAGCCACUCCGCAGGCCACCGCCAGCGGUGGCUUUUUGGUUAUUCAGCUUUUGGCUGCGGCUGGCAGCCAGCAAAUGUACGUCUUCCGCAGUGGCAACCUUUUUGACUAUGACGUGUGGCACAGGACUUUGCGGCACACACUUUCUGCAGAGGCCAAUAGCAACAUGGUUCCUGGCGGUGCCGGCAGCAGCAUUAGCGGGGCGAGUAACAAAAACCACAGCAUGGCACACUUGGUGCAUCCUUCUGAUACGUCUGUGGCUGGAACAGCAAUGCUUGGCAGGAGCACCAGCGUUAGCGGCGGCGACGGCUCGGCCGGCGCACAGCUGGCCAUCCUGCAAGCCAUUGCCAACGGCGUAGUGGACAAAAACAGCAAGCAGUAUGCUUUCGCUCAGUCAUCAUCCACUCUUCUGUCGCCGCAGCUGAGCCAGCGGCUCACCAUGUUGCCCACACGCCACGAGGGGUACGUCAACAGAAAGGCACCCGACGGUUAUGGCUUCCGUCGUCGCUUCUGCGUGCUAAACUCGACAACACUCUAUGGCUUCCUCCAUGCCAACGACUGCAAGGACCUGGCUGAGGACCAGCUGGAGGGCAGUUGCGACUUUGCCAUUGCGCUGGACCACAAGUCUGUGUCCGUCGAGGCAAUAGCCUGGAAUGGCCGCUAUCUCCUGCGCAUAUUUGGGCCGGAUUCCAGCCGCAUCCGCGACAGACCCGGCGCCACAGCCCUGCAGCCAGGCGGGCAGGUGCGCAUCCAAUGCACAGACAUCCUGGCCACCGCCGCGCAGGCCGCCAUUGAGCAAUACGGCAGCACGUUUGGCACGCUUCCAGACUCGUGCGAGCUUGCUCGCCUUAUGGUUGACGACCACGAUGAGGGCCAGAUGUGGGCCGUGAGCCUCAACAGCAUAGCUGGUCUGAAGAUUACCAACCAGUCCAGGGUCAUUGUUGGUGCGCGCCGCCCGCACCUAUUUAAGGAUGCAAGGCUGAAUGCGACUCCAAAGACAAAUUGCGAGGACGAGUUUCACACGCUGACAGGAAGUAAGCACCAGGAGCUGACACUAGAGGACUGUGAGGUGUCGUCUAAUGCUACUGCGCUAUCGAGCCCAGAGGUGUGCAGACAGCAGUCGCUGUGCGAAUUUUUCAUUAAGACCGACCCAAUUCCGGGCCACCAGCUCCAGCAGCCAGCGUCAGUUUUGCACAAGCAACUCUCGAUGUCGCCGCCGCAGCACCAUUUGCAUCAGAUGAUGCAGCCGCCGCAAAGUCCCACCAGUGACCACGACAGUUCCAAGUCGCUUGCUCCAAAGUGGAUUCCACUGGACGUCGACAAGUAUGUUAAGGAGGAGGAAGAGCGGAAGCGCCACCAUAAUGUCUCAGGCAAAGAUACGACGCCAACUCUGCCUGUGUCUGUGCACAGUACUCAUUCGUUUGGCCGUGGGCUGAGGUCGAAGGCCAGCAAUGUCAGCGACAAUGACCAUACCAGCCACAGCAGUGUUGGCAGUAACAGUGGCGCAGGCGGCGGCAGCAGCAGUAGUGGCCAGAACCACAGCAACAGCCAGAGCUACAGUGCCACCAGCACCAGCGGUGCUGGUCGUCAGCCCCCCAGGUUCAACUGGUUUAAGCGGCGCGGCUCCACAUCGAAGCAGCAGCAGAACUAAUACUUUUCAACAUUAAUUUUUCUUCCACCAAAUUUGUAUGCAGAUAUUCUAAAUAUCAGUAACAAAAAUACGAGUACAAAAAAGACACCUGAUAAGCAAAGCAACUAGUUUGAUGCAUUGAAUAAAUCUCUGCCAAAUGAUCGCACUUGCCUUUACAUUUAAUUGAAGGGUAAGUGCGUUAACACCUUUCCCAAAGGU